AAAUAAAAUGUUCAUGACGUUACCAAAAUAGAUGUUCUAUUAUCAAGCGUCAAAACUGAAACGCAAUUGAAUAUUGUCAGACUGCCUAAGUGACUAUUAUUUCAGAAAUAUAAACAUAUCUUUAGCAAUAUGUUUCGUUUACGACCUGUUGCCAGUACCCUUCAUGAAAACCUCAAAUGUGGUUGCACAAAAUUAGAGAAAGUCAUACUUCAUAAGAACAAGUAUAUUGAUGACAGAGCAAUGAAAGGACUUGCAUAUGGACAUGCAACACUCACAUAUGUGCAAGUUUCAGAAUGCUUAAACGUCACAGAUAUGGGACUAAAAGAAAUAAAGUCUUUAAAAAAUUUGAAAACAUUGGUACUGUUUAAUUUAUUUAGUGUAAACAAUAUUGAGGAAAGUAAGCAGUUCUUACAGUCAAAUCUUCCUGAUUGCAAAAUAUUAGGUCAAGAAAAUAAAAUAAAUAGUUAAAUAAGCAGAUUUUUUUGUGACAUAUAACAAAUUAUUAUUGGGAAUGUUAAAAGAAAGAUACAGUUAUAAAUAUAAUAUUUAAUUAUCAA